AUGGUUGGCCGCUGCCACGAGUCGAAGCACGCUGCUCAGCAAACCGGGCGAUGGCGGUUGUUCGUGUCUUUGAAGUGGAAUCGCAAGCCAAGGACAAUUGAGCUCCGUCUUAUCACUACAAGCAUCUGCAAGAACUCUUUAGCAUCUUUCGUCGACACUUUGCCCUCCAAAAGUGCAGGUAACAUCAGCAACGCCUUGAUACAUGUGGGAUCGCAUUGCAGGCCGCGGAAGCGAUUGCAUGAAUUGUCAGCUACCGCGCUGAGCGACGACGGCUCAUCCACGGAAAGCGAAUGCUACGACAAGGAACUCCUCGAGUUGGCAGCAAGCGUCCACGACGAGAACCACGACCACAACCUGACCCCAGAUUUAACCACUGGCGUGAAAGUGGAACCAGUCGAUGCCUGCCCACCAGUCAAAUCGGAAAACGCCACAGCGACUGAUGAGGCCAAACCGAAGGCAAAAGCGACCUACAACAAGUGCAAUCGAUGCCGACGCAAACUGCCAAUUAUCAAUGAGAAGGAUCAGACGGCGCUCGACACGGGCGAUUCCAAGAUGUCGCUCUUGCAGCCAAGCGCCCUCAAACAUAUUGCAAAAACUCAGAGAGAUUCCGGAAUAUGUGGAGGCUGUUGCUGCUGA